AUGGGUCAAAUUCUAUCUCAUCCGAAAACAGAAAAAACUUCUGAAGAAGGGGGAGACUCCUUUGUUGCCUACGGGUUAUCUUGUAUGCAAGGUUGGAGAGUUUCCAUGGAAGAUUCUCAUUCUACAGUCUUGGAUAUGUCCAAGCUUGUUGGAAAAACCAAUUUGAAUGAACAAAAUGCUUUCUUUGGUGUUUAUGAUGGUCAUGGUGGCGAAAAAGUUGCUAUUUUUACAGGUGAAAACCUACCUAAGAUUUUGGCUAAAUCAGAAAACUAUGCGAAAGGCGACUAUAUUCAGGCUCUAAAGGACACUUUUCUUGCUGCCGAUGUAGAAUUAUUGAAUCACGAAGAAUUAUCCAAAGAUCCUUCUGGUUGUGCUGCAACAACUACUUUGAUCACUCCAAACGCUAUCUAUUGUGCAAAUGCGGGUGACUCAAGAACAAUAAUGUCAAUUGAUGGUGUUGUUAAACCUUUAUCGUUUGAUCAUAAACCAACCAAUGAGGGUGAAAAAAACAGAAUUGUAAAUGCCGGUGGCUUUGUCGAUAUGGGUAGGGUUAAUGGUAACCUGGCUUUAUCAAGAGGUAUUGGUGAUUUUGAAUUUAAGGAUUCAAAUUUAAAACCAGAAGAACAAGCUGUCACGCCACUACCUGAUGUUCUUGAACAUAAGCUAGAUACUUUGAAGGAUGAAUUUAUAGUUUUAGCAUGUGAUGGUAUCUGGGAUUGUCUAUCCUCUCAGCAAGUCAUUGAUUUUGUCAGAAGAUACAUUAAAGAAAAGAAAUCACUAAUUGAAAUCAGUGAAUUGUUAAUGAAUACUUGUUUAGCUCCAACUUCUGGUGGAUCUGGUAUUGGUUGUGACAAUAUGAGUGUUUGUAUAGUUGCACUUUUAAAGGAUGGUGAAAGUUUGGAUGACUGGUACAAAAGAAUCGGCUCUAAAGUUUCAGACGAAGAUUUGAAGAAGUUACCAACAGCUGACGAUUUGUCAAAUGACUUAUACAAAGUUGAUAUUGCAACAAAAAUAUCAGAAACAAGCGAAAAUGACUCAAGCAAUAAAAAUGGAGGUUUACGAUCAACUCUUAGAUCCGAAGAAGAAGAUGAUGAUGACGAAGAUGGCAAUGUUCUUAAAGGUGGAGCACCUGCUUUCUUGCAACAGUUAUUGGCAGCGUCUUCUGCACAACGUGAUAAUAAUGUCAUUUAUCUAGACCAAAAUGCUACUUCAAUUUUACAAUCGUUGGGUGUUAUGGAAGAAGACGAUGAUGUUAAGAUUGAGCAGGAAGAUGAAGACAACGAAGAUAACGAUAAAGAGGAUAAGAUCAAGGAAGUUACUGAUGAUAAGCAAUAG